GGGCAACUUUUCCAUUGGAACAUCACAAUAAUACCUUUGGUGCUCAACGAAAUGGCUCAAAUAACGAGCGAGGGUGCCGAACAAGAUUCUCAGCCGACGUCGAAUCAAAACGGAACCGGGGAAACAGCAGAAACCGGCAAUGAGGGACAGGCCGUGCCGGACCCCAAACAGGAACCGGGCGACAACAACGAGAACAGAGCAGGAAUGGACGCGAGCGGUCGUGGUGUGGCGGCGGAGGACGGGGACAGUCUGUCUUCUGUGUCAGACGCUGACAAAGAAACAGCAGUACCGAACAAAAACCCCGACAACGACGGAGGGGAACCCGACGGUAAACUCUCUGAACCGGGGAAAAGUCCCGCACAAGGGAGUUUGGCGAGUAGCACUGAUUCCGCACAAGAGGGCUCCCGGGUGCUGAGACAAGAACAAAGAGAGGGGGAGAGCGUGUCCUCCUCCUCGCCGGCCCACCGCACAAAGAACACGGAGAAAGCCGAGCACGGCACCAAGAGAGCGGCCAGCAUGGAGGGGACCUCGUCGAUCGGAGAGCCUCUCAGCCGGAUGGAUUCAGAGGACAGCAUCAGCAGCACCCUGAUGGACAUGGACAGCACUGCGUCCAGCGGGCGCUCCACCCCUGCCACACUCAACGGUCACUGUGGGGGGGCGGGCAGCGGAUCCACAGCAGUGGGGGGGGGCAAGUCUCUGAGCUACACCUGCUGCUGGGACCACUGCCAGCUGCUGUUCCCCAGCAGCCCCGACCUGGCAGAACACAUCAGAGCCACACAUGUGGACGGGCAGAGAGGAGGGGUAUUUGUGUGUAUGUGGAAGGGCUGCAAGGUGUACAACACACCAUCCACCAGUCAGAGCUGGCUGCAGAGACACAUGCUGACCCACAGCGGAGACAAGCCCUUCAAGUGUGUGGUAGGGGGCUGUUAUGCCACGUUUGCCUCUCAGGGGGGGCUGGCCCGUCACGUCCCCACUCACUUCAGCUCCCAGAGCUCAUCCAAAGUGUCCAACCAGGGCAAACUGAAGGAGGAGUCCCCAUCCAAGGCUGGCCUCAACAAGAGGAGGAAACUGAAGAACAAACACAAACGCUCCCUGCCCCGACCUCAUGACUUUUUUGACGCUCAGACCAUGGACGCCAUCCGCCAUCGAGCCAUCUGCCUCAACCUGGCCACACACAUCGAGAGCCUGGGCAACGGACACAGUGUGGUGUUCCACAGCACGGUAAUAGCCAGGAGGAAAGAGGACUCUGGGAAAGUGAAGGUCUUGUUGCACUGGACGCCUGAAGACAUGCUGCCAGAUGUGUGGGUGAAUGAGGGAGACAGACUGCAGCAGAAGACCAAGGUGGUCCACCUGUCCAAGCUCCCCACAGACACCGCGGUGCUGCUGGACCCCAACAUCUACAGGAUGUUCUUCUAACCCCUUCCAGGUGAACUCCACUGUCACUUCCUGCUUGUCCCACCUCGAGGAGGAGGAGGAGGAGGAGGAGAUGUUUCCUCUUCAUCUGCAUCUCCAUGUUCCUCUUCUCCCUUCCUCCCUCUCCCAGAGGAUGCUGGGAGUUUAGUGACUUAUUUGCCAUGGCUGUCAGGGGCCGGCAGUGUUUCUGCCUUAGAGCUGAGUUUACAGAGGCAUGUACAGGGAGAUGUUUAGGUAACACGACUAGACUGAAAACUAACUGUAGACACACGUGUAGAGAGAAGCUGUCCUUGUAAAUACUUGAGAUUUGUAAUAUAUUUUUAUACUUUGAAUUUUUUACUGUACUGUAGAUAGAUGUUUUUUUUUCUGCCGAACAUUUUUAAAUAGAUGUUUAAAACUGAUGAUAUUGGUCAUGUGCAGAUAGUUGGCAUUGCUCUGGUUUGAUGUCAUUAAACUUUUCCAACCUGAA